AAAUUAGAAUUGGAAUUUUAACCUAUUUUUCCCUCUUAAUAUCAUGUCUACUCGUCACGCUAGAACUGCAGACAAAGCUACUAACGAAAAGCACGCCAAAAUACUAAAGGCCCUUUUACAAAAGACACCUAAUAAAUAUUGUGCUGAUUGCAAAAAGAAAGAUGCUCGCUGGGCCUCUUGGAACUUGGGCAUCUUUGUCUGUAUUCGUUGCUCUGGUAUUCAUCGUUCUCUCGGUGUUCAUAUUAGUAAAGUCAAGUCUGUUGACUUGGAUACUUGGGUUCAAGACCAAGUAGAGAAUAUGGUUCGUUGGGGAAACGAGCGUGCCAACAAAUAUUGGGAGGCUAAUUUGAGAGACAAGAAGCCUCCAGAAGGCAACAUGGAAAUGUGGAUUCGUGCUAAAUACGAGCAAAAGCGAUGGGCCAUGAAGGGACCUAUCCCUGAUCCCAGUACAUUGGGCGGCGAUGAAGACAGUGUCACUCAAGUCUCUUCUCCUUCAUCAACUACUUCUUCUGUGCGUCAGUCUCCUGCAAUUCAAAAGCAAGAGAAACCUAAGCAAUCAGAAUUUGCCAACUUGGAUGCAUUUCUAGGCUCUCCUUCUGCUUCCCCUGUUACUGGCCAUCAAACAGCCAAACAGUCUGCUACUGCUCAACUUCAAGGUGCUGAUUUCUUUUUUGAUAGUACGCCUGUUGCUACUGCUGCUCCUGUUACUACAAGUCAAGAUAAAAAACUAAAUGACUUCAAGUCCUCUAUUCUUUCAUUAUACAAUAAUAUGUCAGCUGCAUCUCCUUCUCCUCAGCAACAGCAACAACAGCAGUUUUUUGGUGGCGGAAAUUUCCAAAACCAAAUGGCAGGUUUAAACUUUAGUGCUCCCCAACAACCACAAUACUCUCAACAACAAUUUGCUCAACAACAGUUUGCUCAACAACCUUAUGCUAAUAAUAAUGUGUGGGGUUCAUUUGCUACUCCCGUUCAACCUCAACAACAACCUCAACAACCUCAAGGAAGUCAAUUCUUUUCCUCCGAUAAUGCUGCGCCUGCAAAGAAGCCAGAAAAGAAAGAUGUCUUUGCUGAUCUAUUGGGUUAAAAUGAAUCUUUAGAAGUAUCAUUAGAAAGAAAAUAAAAUAAGAAAGCAACUAUGCCUUGUUUAACGAUAGCCAUCU